GGCUCCUCCCCUGAGCCACGCGUGAUUGGCUGAAGUGGUAAUGAUUACAUCAGCAAGCAGUGGCUCAUUCGCUACUGCGGGUGGCGCAAUCAGGGCAGGGUGGUAUAAAAGUAGAGGCAGGCAGAUUGAACAGCAGAGCUCUGCUCUGCGCACCUCGCAGGGGUUAUCUCGCGCCCCACGAAACACACUCAUUUCUGAUGGCUCUGGAGGCUGUCACCCCGCGGCAACCUGAACAGCGACUGCUCCCUGACCGCACCGGGCAGCGGGGACAGAGGACAGCGGCCGCCUCGAGCUCCCGGGCAGGUUACACCCAGGGCCCCAGGCCUCGACUUCGGGGCCCCUGGGCUCUCAUCUUCUCCGUCCUGGGUGUCUUGCUGUUGGUCAAAACUGCUUCAGCCACAUCUGUAAGGAAGGAUGAAAUUGACCAGCAGUCAUCAGCCCCACUGGAAGGGAGCCUCCAACAGAAGUUAUGUCUACCAGGAUUCUAUAUGGAAGAAGCCAGUGGAGGUUGUGCCCCGUGCACCGAUGGGACAGACUACACCAGUCAUUCAAACACCCUCUCUUCUUGCUUACCUUGCACGACUUGCAAAUCAGGAGAAGAAGAAAAAAAUCGCUGCACCCCCACCAAGGACACUGAGUGUCAGUGCAAAGCUGGCACUUUCCGUGGAGAAGAUGCACCUGAAUUCUGUCAAAAAUGCACCACCAGGUGCCCUGAUGGGAAGGUCAUGGUCACGGACUGUACCCCCUGGAGCGACAUCAAGUGUGUGGACCGAGAAUCAGGUGCCCUGACCCAUGGAGAGGCCCCAGUUUCUGGAGAGCCAGCAACCGUGAGCCAGAGACUACCCAUCACCCCCUCUCCCUCCGCAGGCCCUUCAGGGCAGGUGAUUGGAAUUGUAACUGGAGUUACAAUCAUCAUUGUCCUAAUCGCAUGUGUUGUGUGGUGCUCCUGUAAAGGUCUCUUUGAUGAAUGCUGGCGCAAGGUGAUGAUUGGUUUCUCUAGCAUCUGGCAGCAUCAGACCCUCAGUAACUACUUCCGCCCCACAACAAAGCCCAGCGUGGACGUGGUCCCAGAUCAAAGGGCCUGCAACAAGCCAUCACAGCAAAGUUCCUCAGGACAGUGCGGUAACCGUCUUUUAUGGCACGCAGCCAUGUCAAAGGGGUCCAUGUCCACGUAGGGCCUCUGGCCCAGAGUCAAAAGCUAGCUCCCACAGCAUCCCUCUGAAGGCCCACCGCUCACUGGCACUGGAGAACUCAUCAUUAACCAGACUUUCAAGGGCCGUCCACCAAACCCGCCUGUUUUCAUCGUCCCCCAGGCAAUGACAUAGUCCAUGGGGAACAAGUCUCUGCAAAUAGCAUUGUCUGUGAUCUUAACUUGAAGUGCGUCCUCAGCCAUAUGGUUCCUAACAGCUACAUCUUGGUGGAUAACUUCCCUGCUGGACAGAUAGCUCAUUCCUCAGGCAACAUGAACAGUCAUGUGAACUAAGUCUUGUUGAGAAACCGCCUGUGGAUUAUGGGCCUCUACUAAUUGGCACUGCCAUAAAAACAAUCUAAGAUUCCCCCAGUUCAUGUAAGCCGAUAUCCCCAAGGGCUUUUCUCCUUCUAUACACAUCCUGGUGACAGGAAGAAGAUUUCUGUGAUGAAGACCUCAUAGCUUACAACUCUCGGUGAGCAUCAUUGUCACCUGAAUUUCAAAAGCUUGAUCUUUAUCCGUUUUUACAAAUACUUGCUUUUCUUUAUUUGGAUAGUUUUCUUUUUUUCCUUUAGCCACAGACUUUAUUGUUUGAAUAUUUGCAACUAUUAUUCUAUACACUUUCAAUUUCUUCCAAAACUCUGUACUCCAUAUUGCUAGGUCACUUCACUCUCCAUUUUAUUCUACAUUUCCAUCAAGCAGUGUUUCCCCAAAUCAAAUCUGCCUGAUUGUCUAUUGUCAUUGUUCAGUUGCUAAGUUGUGUCUGUCUCUUUGUGAUGCCAUGG